AUGGCUUUAGAUGAAGCUGGCAACGUUACCGGCGAGUCACAAGGCGGCGCAUCGAACAAUGACUCCGAGUCAAAGACAGUCACUUUUGCCGACCCUCAACCGGCUGCCUCCUCACCCAACGACUCCAUUGCGGACGAUAUGGACAAUCUCGACGAAGAGUCUGCGCUCAGGAACCUGACAGCCAACGUCCGCGACCAAGAUGAUCUCGAGCGCGAUAUCACCUUUCAAGCAAAUCUGGCUCUCAUCGACGCUGAAGACAAGAAGGAUCAGAAGCGCAUUGAGAAAGCAGGAGCGAAUAAGCUGAAAUUGGAGAAUCAGAAGAAAUCACAACAACAGAAGCUACGCGGCGCAUGGGGCAACACAACUCUCAAGCUUCGUAUACAACAAGAAAUUGCUCGGAUUGAUGCGGAGAUUGAGUUGAUUGAUAAAGAUAUAGCCGAUUUCAAUACUCGUAUUGAGCAGCGACAUCAAGAUGGCGCAGAGGAAGAGUCGGCCGCCGCUGCAGGCAACAAGAGACUACCAAACGAGACGCAAAGAGAGUUUCUCAUACGCACAGGAAAGAUCACACCAUUUGCCAAGUUUGGCGGACCUCGACCAGAGGGCGUAGAUGGGGAGCUUGCGAAUGCUAUCAUCGAAGCUGAGGAUGAAGCUGUUGCCGAGGAGUUGGAGGAGCAAGAGUCUGCCGAUCAGCCUCGAUCGCACCAGAACCUUCGCUUGCCUGGUUUUGCAGAAGAGUCAGAUUACACAGGGACUGUAGUCGAGAGCGAGUUUUCCUUGCGGCCCAGAAAGAAGCGGAAGGUUCGAGAUGCAGCCGCUUCAUCUGACGAGUUCGAACCUACGCACGCAUCUGAGGCAGAGAGCUUAGACUCGAGAGCGUUUGCUGAGGAUACUGACGAAGACAUGACGGAUCUGACCCGGGUCACUCCGAGGAAGAAACCAGCCAAGGCCACGACUGACAUUGAUGAGAAAGUCGACUUUAGCAGAAUCGAUGAUGGCGAUGAAUCUUUGUACCAGAAACGUCUUGCGGAUUGGGUCGAGAGACGCAGUCGAGCUCGACAACGGCGGCAAGAUCGACUUGGCGAGAUUCGCGACGAUGCCUCUGACGCCACUGAGGAAUGGUUCAAGCCCUCUCCAGAUCAACCCGACCACGUCUUUGAGAAUGGUCUCAAACUACCUGGCGAUAUUUUCCCAUCUCUCUUUGACUACCAGAAGACCGGCGUUCAAUGGCUCGCUGAACUUUAUGCACAGAAGGUUGGAGGCAUUGUUGGGGAUGAGAUGGGACUCGGAAAGACAGUCCAAGUCAUCUCGUUCGUUGCAGCGUUGCACUAUAGCAAGAUGCUGACAAAACCCGUCAUUAUUGUCGCCCCGGCCACUGUGCUUAGGCAAUGGGUCAAUGAAUUUCACCGAUGGUGGCCACCUCUUCGUGUCUCAAUUUUGCAUUCUUCUGGAAGCGGUAUGCUCAAUGUGGGCAACGAGGGUCGCAUUGAAGAUGUCGAGUACUCCUGGGAAAACAGGCAGAAGCAGACAAAGUCCAGCAAGGCGGCCAAAAAGAUUGUCGACCGUGUAGUCAAACAGGGUCAUGUCUUAGUUACGACUUACGCGGGUUUACAGACAUAUGGGGACGUCCUCAUCCCUGUCGACUGGGACUAUGCAGUAUUAGACGAGGGCCAUAAGAUUCGCAACCCGAAUACGGCCAUUACUAUCUAUUGCAAAGAGUUGCGAACUGCGAAUCGUGUUAUUCUUUCUGGUACGCCAAUGCAAAACAAUCUGACUGAGCUUUGGUCGUUGUUCGAUUUCAUAUAUCCGAUGCGACUUGGAACACUGGUCAAUUUUCGAAACCAGUUCGAGAUACCUAUCAAAUUAGGCGGUUAUGCCAAUGCCACCAAUCUUCAGAUAAUGACUGCGCAGAAGUGUGCAGAAACUCUCAAAGAGACAAUCAGUCCUUAUUUGCUACAACGUCUCAAGGUCGAUGUGGCUGCAGACUUACCGAAGAAGAGCGAGCAAGUCUUAUUUUGCAAGCUGUCGAAGCAGCAACGGGAUGCAUACGAACUUUUCUUGAAAUCAGAAGAGAUGAAUGCGAUUCUGAACAGGACUCGUCAAUCCCUUUAUGGUAUUGAUAUUUUGAGGAAGAUCUGCAAUCAUCCAGAUCUCCUUGAUCCUCGCUUGAAGACGAAGAUAGGAUACAAAUGGGGCGCGGCGAGCAAAUCAGGCAAGAUGCAGGUUGUUAAAGCCCUCUUGCAUAUGUGGAAGCGCAUGAGUCACAAGACACUGCUGUUCUGCCAAGGCGUUCAAAUGUUGGAUAUCAUCGAGGAGUUUGUCAGGCGCCAGGACGGUAUUCACUAUCUUCGAAUGGAUGGCAAAACACCCAUCAAAGAGAGACAGACCCUUGUUGACCGAUUCAACAACGAUCCGGAAUUGGACGUCUUUUUACUGACGACGAAAGUGGGUGGUCUAGGUGUCAAUCUUACAGGAGCGAAUCGUGUGAUAAUUUUUGAUCCAGACUGGAACCCUUCAACUGACGUUCAGGCCCGUGAGAGGGCGUGGCGUCUGGGACAAAAGAAAGAGGUUACAAUUUACCGCUUGAUGACUGCUGGUACGAUCGAGGAGAAAAUUUAUCAUCGACAGAUCUUUAAACAGUUCCUCACAAACAAGGUGCUGAAGGACCCCAAGCAGCGAACGACUUUCAACCUUAGCGAUCUUCAUGACUUAUUCACCCUGGGAUCUUACGAGGAUGGUACCACUGAAACAGGUCAGCUUUUCCAAGGCAGCGAGGUCAACUUCAAGGCUGCGGUUCAACCCAAGUCUAUUAUUGCCCCAGGCAUUGGUGCAACAACUCGUAUGCCCGAGGAUCAACAUGCACUCAUGGCACAAAAUGAAGCAGAUCAAGCUGGCGAUGACGUUGACCUUCAUGGUAUCGCUGGUAUCGCAGGUAUGGAAGAGUACAAGAACGAAAAGGAGGCACCGCCAGAGGAAGAGGAUCGAUUGAUGGAAGGGAUCUUUGCGAGAUCUGGGGUUCAGAGUGCUCUUGAGCAUGAUGAGAUCGUUAACGGCAAAAAGCCCGUUCAAGCCGAUCGAGGUAUGCUACAGCGGGAAGCAAACCGCGUAGCAGCACAAGCGGCAGCGCAUCUUCGACGCUCAGGGGAAGAGGCUCGCCGAGUUCCCAUUGGUACUGUCACUUGGACAGGAGAGUUUGGCGAAGCCGGCCGUCCAACGAAUGUGCGUCGCGGCAGGGGGGGUCCCAGUUCGGCGAGCGUCCUCGCUGGUAUCGCUGACCGUCAAGGUCUUCAAAGCGGCCGCAGCCCUGGCAGCUCUCGAUCUGGAACACCCGUCCCUACAAACAGGAGCAUAACAGCGAAAGAUUUUGAGAAAAUGAUACCCAACUUCAUCCGGCGUCAUGGUGGGCAGGUGCCGUCGAAACUGCUCGUCGACCAUUUCAAUCAAUAUUGUACUGGGACUCAGGAGGCUAAGGAGUUCAAGGCUGCAUUAGACAAGGUUGCAAAGAUGGAGCAACGUGGGUCUAGUAUGAGAGCUAUUUGGGCCUUGAAACCCGCCUUCAAGUAG